UGGAGUGAUGUAGACCAAAUAUUAGCUGAUUACAGGGCUGUGACUUUCCAGUAUCGCCAGGUUGGAAUUAGUUCAGUCCAGUCCAUUUAGCCUACAAGGACGCUGACCGAAAAGAAACAAGAAAGAAGAAUAUAAUGGAAUCUCCAGUGGCGUUUGUUCUGAUCCUGACCACCAUAGCCUUUGCUGAUGUGCGCAGCCAGAGCAUAUAUGCCUCUGAGAACCCCCUACCAGUGGGCAGCAACGUAACACUUUACAGCACGACCCCUGUCACUACAGGGGCAUGGUUAUUCAACAAUUCAUUAAUUGUGCUAAUAUUCCCAGGAAAUCCUGCCAUACUUAGCGACAGGGUAACAUACAAUUCAUCCACUUCAUCACUGACUUUAAUGUCACUGAAGGUGGAUGACUCUGGAGAGUACGCAUUACAGGAUGUGGCUUUUCGUGCUAAGUUAAUGCUGUCAGUUCAAGUGCCUAUUUCAAAUGUGACCCUGUGGGCAAAAGCAACCGACUUGGUGGAAUUCAAUGACACAGCAGUUCUCAUGUGCUCUGUGUCCAGCGGCUCAUCUCUGUCCUUUGAAUGGCUGAAGGGCAACUCUACAGUCACAGCUGGUGAAGACGUACAUUUCAGCAAUGGAAAUGCCACUCUCACCAUAAACAAUGUGACUCGCAAUUACCAGGGACCGUUCAGGUGCAAUGUGUCAAAUGGCAUUAGCCAUGAAAUCAGCCCCCCAGUACAUCUGAACAUCAGUUAUGGUCCAAGUAACCCGAUGAUGAUGGUCACACCCAUGAAGGACACGUACAAAACGGGAUCUAAUAUCACACUGACAUGCUCAGCGAAGUCCAGCCCUCCAGCGAUGAUCCAGUGGAUGGCUAAUGGAGUGUACCUAGACCACUACGGCGCAGAGCUUCAUCUAAAGAAUGUUACAGAGGAGAACUCAGGAGACUACAAAUGCGUAUUUCACAACACAGUCACGUCCAGGUUCAGCAGCGCAAAUGCAUCGAUUUGGGUUUUAGAUCCACUAACAGCAGUUGUGGUGAAAAAUAUCGGGGGACCAGCCAUACUUAAUAAACCAUUCACUCUUCAGUGUGAAGUGACUGGAACUGCUAACACUGUUAAGUGGUGGAGGAAUGGCCAGCCUGUUUAUGCCGACAAUACAACAGUCCUUGACAAGAACAACAAGACACUAACUCUAAACCCAGUUCAGCUUUCAGACAAUGGAUAUUAUAAGUGUCAGGCUUGUAAUCCUGUGAGCAACAUGACCAGCAGCCCCUACACACUUGAAGUUAACCAUGGACCACAGAUGCCAACUAUCACAGGACCAAAGGUGGCAAAGACAGGAGACAAUGUCACACUCUGGUGUUAUGCAGCAUCUUACCCCCCGAGCCACUACAAAUGGUACUACAACGGUUCUCUAGUCUCCAACAUGUCUGAGUACACCACACCUCCUCUUCUCAAAGAGAUGAGCCUGAAGUACAUGUGCAUGGCCUUUAACAACGUCACUGGCAAGAACAGCACUGCCUACACCAUGCUUACUGUUGUAGAUCCAAUAGAAAAUGUGCAAGUAAAGGCGCCAGGUAAUCUUGCCGAAGAAGGUUAUCCAUACAAUUUAACAUGCGAUGUAACUGGACCUGCUGACCAUAUUUACUGGAUGAAGAAUGGUGAGCCACUGCAUGAAGACAACGGGACUGUUUUCUACAUGGAUAAUAAGACAGUCUGCUUCACCGCACUGGAACCGGAUGAUACUGGCUACUACAAAUGCAUGGCUGCUAACGCUCUUGGAAACAUGACCAGCCCUCCGUACAAGCUUCUUGUCAACUUUGGACCAGAAACACCCAUGGUUUAUGGGCCAGCUUUUGCCGAGACAGGACGAUAUGCAAUCUUCAACUGUUCUGCCAUGUCAGUUCCUCCCAGCCACUAUACCUGGUGGUUCAAUGGCUCCAUGGUGGCCAAUACUUCGAUGCUUACAGUUGGUCCUUUGUCUUUUAAUAUGACUGGAGAAUAUACCUGUAUGGCCCACAAUAAUGUGACAGGAAAGAACAGCACAAAGUCCACAAUGCUCACCGUCAUUGAGGCUAUAGAUUCAGUGACGGUUCGCGGCAACACAAUUCCUAUAAACCAUAAAAACUUCACUCUCACCUGUGACGUUGUUGGACCCUAUGACAUGAUCUACUGGAUGAAGGACGGCAUGAAACUCCACAUGAAUGACACCACCACUAACCACUCCUCUUAUACAUACUACCACGCUGAAGAGAACAUGCUGCUCUUCACCCCAGUGACAGUGUACAACAGUGGGACAUAUCAGUGUGUUGCUACCAAUCAGGCUGGUCUGCAUAAGAGCGCACCGUUCAAACUCCUGGUGAACUAUGGCCCCCUGAGUGUGAAGAUCACUGGUCCAUAUUUAGCAGAACUGGGUUCCCUUGACGUGUCUCUGACAUGUUCUGCUGAUUCUUGGCCAGAGUGUCACUUCUACUGGUUCUUCAACAAUCAGUCGAACCCUCUACAGAAUGGAUCUGUUCUUACGUUCCCUGUGACAAAAGAAAACGAGGGGAAGUACAUAUGUAAGGCGAGGAACCCUGUGACCAACAUCACAAUGUACCAAAGUACAACAUUUGCUAUCAGCUAUUCAAAAUCUGCCAUCCACUUCUCAUCACAAAGCCUGAUGUUCAUGGGUCUGUUUGCUGUUUCUGCCUCUGUGCUGUUCAACUGAGCACUCCACACUGAACAAUCCAGUCAGCUUGAAAGGCCUCCUGCUACAAUCUUACUGUAAAAUGAUCAAGACAUUACUGUAUAAUCCAUACUCUUAAUUUAAAAUUGACAGUAACCGUGAAAAAAUAUUUUAUUAUUGCAAUGCCUGCUUUGUUUUUAUGUUAAAUAUUAUAAAUAUUAGCAAGUGAAAGGAGUUGUGUUAGGCUUAUCAUUGUUGUUCCAAACAGUCAUUUUAGUGAAAGUAUUUCACUAUACCUGCAAUCACUAACACGGACCAUACCAUCAAUGACACGAUUUUUAAAUUGAGAAUACAAGUGGGAUUAGAGGUAAGAUAAGCAGCUGCACUGUGGGGAAGGCUUUACUGAGGAUCAGCUCCCAGCCUGGCAGACCUGCCACCCAAGAGAGGGAGGAGAGAAAAGAGCCGGGAGAAGAGGAAGGGGAGGUGGGGCACAGCAAACAAGAACAAACUGGUGUGCAAAGCGGGCCAGCAUUUGUAGAUGUAUGACAGGAGGAGGAGGAGGAGUGGUCCCGCUCCUAAUCUUCAGCUGAACAUUUUCCCUCCGUUACGCACAGAAGGGUAAAACAUGAAUGUUACUUGCAGUUUAUUUUUCUGUUAAGCAUGAUGAUGUUGCUUUAUCAUAUCUUGAUUCACUGUAGUUAUUUGUUAAUCAAUAAAAAAAACAACAUGA